CAGAGCUUUCCAAGAGCAGGGAGAGGGAGCUUUGGACUGACUGACAGACAUUGGUCAGGGAGAAGGGUACAGUCUAGCCAGGGAAAUUCUUUGAGUCUUUGAAUAUCCUCCACUUUGAGGCAACGGUUCUACAGAUUCCCAUGAAUAAGACAACCUCUUGAUAAGAAAACCCCUUGACCUGUAGGCACCGCCACAGCAGAGAGUUCAUCCGUCUGCCCCGGCCUUUCCUUGAAAACUGUCAUUUUUUGAAGUGAUCUACUCUCAGUUUCUCAUCAACCAACAAAGACAAUUGCCCUCCCCCUCCACCUGAAGGCAGCUUCCAGCCAAAAAUGCCUCUUGUCCCAUCCUUCCUCAUCCUGCUCCUCACCUGCCCUGCCCUCCUGACCCCAUCAGCUUCCCAGGGCCUGCAGCCUGGGGGUCAAAGGGCACCCAGGGACACAAAGCCAGAAGGUGGCGGGCAGCCAAUCAAAGUAGUGAUCUCUGAGGCGUGUGUUCAGGGGGACUCCAGUCAGACCCAGGGCAAGGAACUGGACCUUGAGCCUGGUUCUGCUCUAGUCCUUACCCAUCGGAUCCGACUGGUUCCGGGGUCGUGCGCAGGCGGGUGCGAGGCCGAGUUUGCUGCCCUGCGAGACCGUCUGGAGAGGCUGGAGAAGGAGGUGUCAUCAUUGAGGGAGAAGUGUGGAGGCCCAGAGGGGGGCUGCUGCACGUCCCAGCAGAGUAAAGGUGCAGAGUGCUCCAUCAAGCCGGAGGGAGACGAGUGUCCUAAUGAGUGCAGUGACCAGGGACGCUGUGAAGACGGCAAGUGUGUCUGCUUCCCAGGGUUCAGUGGGCCCGACUGCAGUUUGUCUGACUGCCCCGGCAACUGCAAUGACAAGGGGAAGUGUGUGAACGGGCAGUGUGUGUGUGACCCAGGUUUCACGGGGCCAGACUGCUCUUCAGAGUCCUGUCCUGGAAACUGUAACAACAAGGGGCGAUGUGUGAACGGGCAGUGUGUGUGCGACCCAGGUUUCACAGGGCCAGACUGCUCUUCAGAGUCCUGUCCUGGAAACUGUAACAACAAGGGGCGAUGUGUGAACGGGCAGUGUGUGUGCGACUCAGGUUUCACGGGGCCAGACUGCUCUUCAGAGUCCUGUCCUGGAAACUGUAACAACAAGGGGCGAUGUGUGAACGGGCAGUGUGUGUGCGACUCAGGUUUCACGGGGCCAGACUGCUCUUCAGAGUCCUGUCCUGGAAACUGUAACAACAAGGGGCGAUGUGUGAACGGGCAGUGUGUGUGCGACUCAGGUUUCACGGGGCCAGACUGCUCUUCAGAGUCCUGUCCUGGAAACUGUAACAACAAGGGGCGAUGUGUGAACGGGCAGUGUGUGUGCGACCCAGGUUUCACAGGGCCAGACUGCUCCACCAAGGCAUGUCCUGGAAACUGCAAAAACGGGGGGAAAUGUGUGAACGGUAAGUGUGUGUGUGAUAGCAGUUUUACAGGCCCAGACUGCUCCACCAAGUCCUGCCCUGGCAACUGCAGCAACCGUGGAAAGUGUGUGAACGGCCAAUGUGUCUGCGAUAGCGGCUUUACGGGGCCGGACUGUUCCGCCAAAGCAUGUCCCAAUAACUGCAGCAACAAGGGAAGGUGCGUGAACGGGAAGUGCGUGUGUGAAGUGGGCUUCAGCGGACAGGACUGCGCCGCUAAGGGCUGUCCCAAUAACUGCAGCAACAAAGGGCGCUGCGUGAAGGGGAGGUGUGUGUGUCGCCGUGGUUUCGCCCCCCCGGACUGCAGCCAGUGUGAAGCUGGGUUCACUGGAGCUGACUGUGGCACCGCCAUGUCUGGUGUGUCCCAGCUCAACACCAAGGACAUCACUGAAUCCUCUGUUACCCUCUACUGGACACCACCUCCAGUCCAGUAUGACACCUACCACGUCACCUUCGCCAGCCAGAAAGAGGGCGAUCAACAGAUAACAUCUCAAGUUGGAGGGAAGCUCACGACCUACACCCAAACAGGACUGGCGGCCGGGCAGGAGUACACGGUGACAAUCAAGGGAGAAAUAAAUAGGAGAAUGGGCACUGAGAGCACAGUAGAAUUCACAACCCUUAUCUCUGGACCCACAAACCUUCGAGUUGUGAAGACAACCACAACAUCUGCAGUUGUCCAAUGGGAACAAUCGCAAGGACACGUCGACAGGUAUCGCUUAACUGUUGCACCCAAUCAGACAGACGGAACAGCCAAGGGAAGACAAGACCUGACCCUGCCCCCUGAGAGGGACUCUGCCCAGAUUGACGGUUUGGACCCGGGACAUUUGUAUGACAUCACACUAGUGGCUGAAAAGGGCGGGAUCAAGAGCAAGCCAGCAACAGUCCAAGUCACUCCUGGUCCAGAGCCUCCCUCAGGUCUUGUCUUCAGUGAAGUGACUGAGACGUCUUUCUCUGUGUCCUGGACAAAGCCAAAAGGUCCCGUGAGUGGCUUCAAGGUCACCUACACUAACACACAGGAAGGGGAGCCUCUCUCCGCAACGGUGGACUCUGGGGAUUCCACUCUGGCACUGUCAAAGCUCUCUCCAGGGUCCUCCUAUGAGGUCAGUGUGAUAUCCGUCCUUGGACUGGACGAGAGCGAUGCAAUCAAAGACCUGGUUAUGACACUCCCUGACCCUCCGAGGGAUCUCCGGGCCAUUAAUGUCACAGACACCAAGGCCUUGCUGCUAUGGCGACCAGCACUGGCAACAGUCGACCGUUACGUCAUAGUUUAUGGCUCUGAAAAAGGGUCAGAUGAUGCCAAGAUCACUGUAUCGGGCAAUGCGGCGGAGCAGCAGCUGAAAGGCCUACAGGGCUCCACUAGGUACACCGUCACAGUCACCAGUCAGCUGGGCAACCUGGACAGCUCUGCCGCCAUCACCGUCUUCACCACCACCGGUGGAUCCAGGGGAGACGGGGAAGUUCCGCGUGACCUGAAGGCCAGUCAGGUGACUCCUCGCUCAGCGCUGUUGACGUGGAAAGCACCCUCUGCCGCCGUGGGAAGCUAUAAGCUGACCUAUCAAACGGAGGGACAGGAGAUAAAGGAGGUUACCAUUGACUCCACAGUAACAGAGUUCAAAUUGACCAGGCUGCAUCCCAUGUCCAAGUACACCGUGCAUCUACAGGGGGAGAGGGGAGGGAGCUAUACUGCUACAAUUUCCACUGAGUUCACCACAGGGAAUCUCCGAUACCCCUUCCCAAGUGACUGUUCCCAGGAGCUGCUAAACGGGAUACACGAGUCUGGAGAGGUGGAGAUCUUCCCCAGGGGAAGGCAGGGGAAACCAGUGCUGGUCUACUGCGACCAGGUGACUGAUGGAGGUGGCUGGACGGUUUUCCAGAGAAGGAUGGAUGGGAAAACGGACUUCUUCAGAGGCUGGAAAAACUACAGCAAAGGUUUUGGAGAACUGAGUGGGGAAUUUUGGCUGGGUAAUGAGAACCUACACAAUCUAACCAGCAUGGCACCAAUGACCCUACGUGUGGACCUCCGUGCAGGGGACGAAUCAGUGUUUGCCAAGUACUCUGCAUUUACAGUGGACACUGUUAGAAGGAACUAUGCUCUCAAAGUGUCUGGGUACAGCGGUACAGCAGGUGACUCUAUGAGUUACCACAACGCGCGCAUGUUCUCUACCAGAGACAGAGACCCCACGCCUUUCAUCACCCGCUGCGCCAUGUCCUAUAGGGGGGGUUGGUGGUACAAGAACUGCCACGAGGCCAACCUUAAUGGCCUCUACGAUACCAGUGUCAAUCACCAGGGUGUGAUCUGGACUGCCUGGAAAGGCAAGGACUUGUCCAUCCCUUUCACCGAGAUGAAGCUCCGACCAACAUCUUUCACCCCUCCAACUCAGGGAUAAUGACAAAGUGGUGGAUGGAAAAUGAGAAGGGGGGAGAGGCAAUGUUUAUGAACACACACACACACACAUCCAGGUAACUGCUGAAAUAAAGGAAACACCAACAUAAAGUGUCUCGAUAGGGCGUUGGGUCACCACGAGCCAGAACAGCUUCAAUGCACCUUCGCGUAGAUUCUACAAGUGUCUGAAACUCUAUUGGAGGGAGGCGACACCAUUCUUCCAUGAUAAAUUCCAUAAUUUGGUGUUUUGUUGAUGGUGGUGGAAUCUCCCAUCUCCCCAAGUGUUCAAUUGGGUUGAGAUCUGGUGACUGAGACACACACACACACCCUUUAAACCCCCUAUUCUCCUUUGAGACCUCUCUUUCAAAGUCACUGAGAUCUCUUCUUCUAGCAAUGGUCGCCAAAAUAAUGGGCAACUGGCUAUUUUUAUACAUGACCCUAAGAAUGAUGGGAUGUUAAUUGCUUAAUUAACUCAGGAACCAUACCUGUGUGGACGUACUUGCUUUCAAUAUACUUUGUGUCCCUCAUUUACUCAAGUGUUUGCUUUAUUUUGGUAGUUACCUGUACAUAGGCACACAUGCAAACCCACGCUCAGUCAUGCAUGCAUACACAGUACAUGCACCUAUUAGCUACCGUUUGAAAAUCUCCCAAUGCCUUGCUCUCCAAACUAAAGCAAUUGGAUUUUUUCAAAUGUAUAGAGGACAGUUAUCUGUAUGUUAUAUUGUACAGUUCCUAGAUUAUCUUUGAGAUUUCCAUUUUCUUUUUUUACUCUAAGUAUUGUGGCACCCCUUGCGUAAGCUGUAAAAAUGUAUGCACUGUCCCCUGGCUAUGAGGUACAAGCGUGGAAAUGAGCGGUGAAUAACGGAGAUUUCUGUUUGUACUUGACUGGCAAUUAUCGAGUUUUGGUGUUUGUCCUUUGUUUGUCUUAUUUGUGGUUAUAUGUCCUGUAUUUUCCGUUGCCCCAAUUCUCAAAUUGUAGUUGCUACAAUAAUAAAAUAAUGGUGGAACAUGGGCGGCAGAAGCA